AUGAAGAGCAUGCUCGUGCUUGCAUCUCUCAGGAGAACGCGCGGCGGCCGCAGCCUGGCCACGAUAAUCUCAUCCUGGGAGUUGCGGUUGGCUGAGACGGCCGACUACCUCCUGAGGGUCGUCCUCGGCGUGGCACCGCGGUCCCAGUGGGGCCCGCUCCGGCUGCCCCCAGCCUCCCGGGACGAACUCGCGGCCUAUCUCAGGGCCGUGGCCGGGGCUCCGGAGGUCGACCCAGAGUCGGAAAUUAGUGAAGAUGACGCCUCGCCGCUGGCGCCGCCCGCUGCGCUUAUGCGCGCGCGGUGCAGGGCGUGCUCGGACGUCAUCGUGGGCCCGUCGGUGGUGUGCGACAUCUGCCUCACCGACGUCCACAGCCACUGCGUGCAGCCUUUGCAGGGGCAUGCAGUCUGCUUCGCCUGCUUCGCGGACCGCGACGUCGCAUACGGUCGUCGGCAGGCCGCCUGGUCCAGCGGCCUCGCAGGGCAGGCUGCGGGUGCCGCCCUCGGCACCGCAGCGACGGGGACGCAGCGCCUGGCUGUGGGCGCUGCCGCGGGAGCGCGCCAGACGUGGGCGGCAGGCACGAUGAUGCCUCUGCCUGCUCAGCCGCAGCUUCCCGACCAGCUGUCCGCAGCAGCUGCUGAGAGGGCUGGCAGGGCGGACGCGCCCGACGCUGGCCAGGACCUGCAGCGCCCGCCAUCCAGCGCGAUGGAUUUGCAGCUGGCGGAGCUGCGAGAGCUGCGCAUGGAGGUGCAGCGCCUCAGCCGCAGGAGCGAGCAGUUGGAGGCAGAGCGGCUCGCCGACCGCGCAUCGGCAGCAGCAGCCGCAGCCCAAGGUGGGGCAUCAACGCCGGGGUAUCGGACCCCAGUGCGCGGGGAUCGGCUGGACCCAGGCACGCCGCCCUCGCAGGCGAGCGGCGGAGCAGAGCGUCGGCCGCGGACCAAGCAGCAGUCGCACCUGGCGGAGUUCAGGUGCCUGGCUUUGAGGCGGCAGCUGGCGCUCAUGGCAUGCUUCAGCCGCUGCUGCCGCCCGGCGGACUGCCGCCUGGGCUGCCUCCGAUCGGCCGGGGGCCCAAUGGAUGGCCAGGCGGGCCUCCAGGCGGACCGCCAGGAGGACACGGAGGUGGUGGCGAUGGAGGAGGUUUCGGAGGACCUCCCGGAGGUGCAGGUGGUUUUGGCGGUGAUCCAGGGCGUGGCGGAUGGGGCCGACGAGCAGCGCCGAGGAGCCGCGUUUGGCUUGGAGACGGUGUUGGCGAAACUGAAAGACGGCGACGUGCCGAAGCUGGUGUUCGUCGCCGGUGCGAACAAGGCGCACGCCUUCGAGGAGUGGGUGCAGCGAGCUUCCAUGAGGCGCUUCGAGUACUACCUCAGCCGGGGCCCGCUCGAGCGCCCGCUCGUGAAGCCGAACGCCGAGUGGUUCGGAGCCGACCGCCAUAGCCUCAGCAUUGAGCUGCGCUUGCGCCCGCUGCUGUUGGACUCGGUUCCCGAGCAGGUGCAGAGCGGCGCGCUGGCCACCCGACAGACUUCGGUGACCGAGCUCCUCUUCGGCAUCAUGGUGGAGGCCGGCCCCGGCACCCUUCGCGACCGGACGCCGGUGCUGAGGGAGGUGGAGCGGCGCGAUAACAAGGCCGCCGCCCUGGCGCUUUGCUACCAGGAGCUGAACUCUUGGAAGUUCUCGCUCACUCGAUUGCAGCGCAUGGCUGCGCCGGAUCCGGUCACGCAGCUGGCGACGUUGCGAGGCAUCGCCACAGGCAUGGCCGAGGCCGAUGCGAAUUUCCGGUACAGGAUGUUCGCGUGGGAGAUGCAGCGCGGCAUCUCGGGCGCCAGCCAGUGUUCGCAGCAGCAGGUGGAGGAGUUCUGGCGGCACCUCGCCGCCGAGGCUCGUGAGCUCUGCGACGCGCCCCAGGGGAAGGGCGUGAUGGCGCUGGCAGCGACGUGGGAGACGAAGGAGGCCAAGGGCGGGGGCAAGCAGGGCAAGCCCGACGCCACGGGCGGCAAGCCCGACGCCCGCGCCAAGGCGAAGGUGAAGGCGAAGGCUAAACCCGCUGCCAAGGCGGCGACUGGAGGUAAGGAAACGUGCCGGUUCUUCGACAGCAAGGCCGGCUGCAAGUUCGGCGCGACUUGCACUCGCCACCACAGGAAGCUCGAGGUGAGCGAGGGCAAGUGCUUUAACUGCGGGGCCGAGGACCAUGACAAGGCAGCGUGCCCGCGGCCGAAGCCCCCAGCGGCCGCUGCCGCUGGAGGUGCGUCGGCAGCAUCGGCUGCCGCAGUUGCGCCCGCGGCUGCGAUGACCGCCGAGGCGCUGCAGCAGGUGGUCAGGGAUGCCGUGGCGGCAAGCCUCUUCCCGAUUUCGGCCGCCGCCGCUGCUGCCGGCCCUGCCUGGCAGGAUGGCUGGGGCCAGCCAUCGGGGACCCCGGGUUCGAGUGCAGCCUCAGCUCAGGCUGCGGCUCCUCCCCCGCAGCAGCAGCAGCAGCAGCCUGCCUUUCGAACGCUCCAGGUGGAUCUGCGCGCGGCUCGCGCGCUCCUUGGAGGCUCAGGCCGUCGCCGGCUGCUGGCCGACACUGGGGCCACGCAUGAGUUGCAGCACUUGUGGCCUAACCAGCGUCCGCCCGUGCCUGGCCGGCGCAUCGACCUCGCGCACGCGACCGGCCAGCAAGCUGGCGUGUUGAUGGGGGCGGACGAGGUGGUGUAUGUCCAUUCCCCCACGGAGUUGCAGGCCCUGUUCCCGAUCGGCGCGUACGUCGCCGAACUCAGCCUCGAUCUUCAGUGGGGUCGGGAUCGAGCCAGCGUGCUGCUGCCAGGCCAGGAUGCGAUCGAGCUGGAGCUCGAGGGUGCCACGGCGUACAUCUACGAGGACGACGCCCAGCGCCUCCGCGCGAUGAGGCAGCAGCUGCGCGCGCGAGCCGGCACUAGGAUGCCGGCGGCGCACUUCGACGUCGUCGUGGCCGCUGUGCAGCGCCUCAGUCGCAUGAGGGCGCACUGGCGGCUGGAUGCGCGGACGCGGCCGGGAGGCCAGCUGUCCGUGGACAUAUCUGGCCCCCAUCCUGCAGGGCUCUGGCCAGGAGCACUGCCGGAGGACCGUCCCAAGAGGGCGCAGUACUUCGUCCUCGGCGCCUACGCGGUUAUGACUGCUUCUGAACGCGCUGCCGCCGCUGGGGCUGAGCAGCGCGCGCGCGAUGCUGCGGGGGCGCCGCCGCUUGCAGCCGCGGGCGCGGGUGAGAGGCCCGCAGAUCAGGGGGGGCAGGCUGCCGCUGCGGCGGCCGGACAGCCGCUGGCUGCGGACGACGCCGUGGCGAUGGUCACGCGGGCUUCGGCGCUGCCAGCGGUGGCCGCAGUGCCCGCGGACGGACCCGUCGAGGAGGAGGGCGUGCAGACGUGGUACAACGUCAUUCCCCUCGCUGGCAAGCACACGGUGGAGGUGCUUGCGGCCCUGCGCCUGAUGAUCGCGCAGGUGGAGCUCGAGUUCCAGGCGCGCGUGGUCUACCGCGUCCACGCUAACCAGGCGCGGGAGCUCUCGGGCCCGAAGGUGAGCGCAGCGCUCGCCACCCAGGGGAUCGUAGUCACAUCGACCCCAGGGCACGAGGCCGAUAACAACCCCCGUGCCGAGAGGGGCAUCGGCAUCAUCAAGCAGAGGGGCAGAGCCAUGCUCAUGACGAUGGGCGCGGCAGACCGCGAGCAGCCGUGGCUGGCUUCGGUCGUGUACGCAGCAGCUCUCCAACCGCGCGAGGCUCAAGGGAAGCCGAUUGGGUGUCCGAUUUUCGGGCAGCCCAUCACCUGCAGGAUCAAGCAGGCGCCGCAGUUCGCGUUCGCGCCUCGGGCUGUGCCCCGGCGUUUUUUCGGCAUCUGCGACUUUGUGUCCGGGGCGUCCCUGGUUGGCCACAAGGUUGCCCAGAACGGCCUCGAGAGGUGGGAGUUCGAGACCUCGUCGAGCUUCGUCGUCGACGUCGUACCUGGAGGUGGAGCCCGGCAGGAGGUCAACGAGCGGGGCGACCAGGAGGAGGAGAAGCACGACGAGGAGGAGCAGGGCAACCAGGAGGAGUCUGAGGACCUGAACCCCCUCCGCAUCUUGGACGAGGCGCCGAGGGAGAUCACGUGCCCCGCCUGCCUGGAAGCACAUCGUGGGCCCACGUGCGACCACAGGUGCCGCCAGGGCCCGUCGACCGAGCGGCCUAAUGACCAUCGGAGGCUGCGGCUUCGUAGCAAGCAGGCGCCAGCUGCCGCUGCUGCCGCCGCCGACUCCGACUCGGACGGCGUGCCGGAUUUCGUCGAAAUCGUCAAGGACAGUGGCAUGCAGCCAGUCUCGAUGACCGAGCUGCGAAAUUCGAUCAGCACCGAGCGUGACGAGUGGAAGCUGGCCAUGGAGGCCGAGCUCGCCUCCUUCGCAGAGAAGGAGGUCUUCGAAGCCCUCACCGAGAGUGAGAAGAUGCAGGUACGAACCAAAGACGUGCUCCUUAUGAAAGGGGGCUGCUGGCAGCAAGGCGCCAGAUGCUUCGGAUCUGGCGCAGCGGAGGCGCAAGAAGUUCCGCGGGGUUGUUUGCGCAACUUCCAGAAGCAGGUGCCGGGUGAGGUCGUCUUCACGAGCAACGUGGAGAUCCUCAGCGUCAGAGCCGCUCUCGCCAUCGCGAGCUCCUGCGGCUGGGCGCUCAAGGCGUUGGACGUGUCCGCGGCCUUUCUGAAUGCGCCUCUCCCGGAGGAUGCUGGGGAGGCCUUGGUGCGCCCGCCGUCGAUCCUCUCCUCGCAUGGGCUCGUUGGGCGCGACGAGGUCUGGAGGGCCAAGAAGGGCAUCUACGGCCUCCGCAUCGCCCUCAGAGCCUGGGGCUCGAAGCGGGACAGGCAGAUGCGGGCGAUGAGGUUCGAGGGCAACGGCGCGCAGUGCAGGUUGGUCCAAUCUCGCUGCGACGCCUGCGUCUGGAACAUCGUGGAGGACGUGCCGACGAAGACCGAGAGCGAGCAGAAGUCGCUGGGCCUGGAGCUGGUCUACGUGGACGACUUCUGGCUCGCCGGCGCGCUCGAGACGAUUAUUGCAGUGGAGGCGGUGAUGAUGGCGACCUGGGCGUGUCGGGUCCAAUCGCUCAUCGACCGUGCGCACCCUGGCACGAUCCGGUACCUUGGGCUUGAGGUGGGGGCGAGGGCCGACGGGGCGUUCGUGGCCCAUCAGGCCGCCUACCUGGAGGAUAUUCUGGCCGGGUGGCAGAUGACGAAUGCCAAUGCGUGCGGCACCAUCUCCAUCGAGCCGCUGGGGGAGGAGCUGGACGCAGAGCCCGAGCUCUGCGACGUGCGCCUCGCCCAGAAGCUGGGUGGCGAGUUGCCGUGGCUGUCGGGCCGCGCCCGCCCUGACAUCGCCUUCGCUGUCAGCCGGAUGUCAGCGCAUGCGACUACAGCACCUCGGUGGGCACUGCGCCUUGGCAAGCGCAUCAUGCGGUACCUCCUGGGCACGCGCCGCCAUGGGCUGUUCUUCCAGGCGGUGCGCGGCGACGGGAACGGGCUCGAGCUGCGCGCCUUCGCCGACGCCAGCUUCGAAACCGAGUACUCCCAGACCGGCGUCGCAGUGUACCUGGGGGAGUGCCUCAUCGACUGGCGAUCCGUCAAACAGGCGCAGGUGGCGAGAUCUACGGCGGAGGCCGAGAUUACGGCCCUGGCGAUGGGCCUGGUCAUGCUGGAGGGCGCGGAGGCGAGCCUCGCGAGCAU